GAUCUCCACUCUCCUGCAGUGUGUGUCCCGGGUCAGCGCUGCAACAGAGUGACUUACACCAAGAGGACAAUCUGUGCCUUGAAGGGGUCAACAGUGGACAUAUCCUGUACUUAUGUUAGCUAUUAUKACACCAAAUCAUCAUUCUGGUUUAGAAGUGAUAAGUCGACCCCUGAAGACCUAACCACAGACCCAGGGUAUACAGGUCGUGUGGAGUAUGCUGGAGAGAUGGAGAGAGGUCGCUCCACCCUGAGAAUCACAAAUCUGAGAGAAAAGGACUCAGCUGAGUACAAGUUCAUAUUCAACACACAGUCAUCAAGAUGGGGAUACAGCUUCCCUGGAACAACUCUGACUGUCACAGACCUGCAGGUGAAGGUGACUCCUGCCACAGAGGCAGGGAAGAGGWCACUGACCUGUAGCACCACCUGUACUCUGACUGACAACCCCACCUMCAUCUGGUACAAGAACGGACACAAAGUAAAGGAGGACACUUCCAGCCUGUACUCAGACUCCUUUAGUGAUGCAGACAGUUACUCCUGUGCUGUAAAAGGCCAUGAGGAUCUCCACUCUCCUGCAGUGUGUCAGAAGUGUUGGAGUGUGACUUACACCCAUCAGAAGAUCUGUGCCUUGAAGGGGUCAACAGUGAACAUAUCCUGCUCUUACACAUAUCCCAGUUAUCAUGAGAUCAAAAGAGCUUUCUGGUUUACAAAAUGGAAGUCUGGUAUGGAUCCUGAAGAUCUGAGCUCAGUGCCAGGGUAUGAGGGUCAUAUAGAGUACCUUGGGGAUAAGAAGAAUGACUGUACCCUGAGAAUCACAGACCUGAGAUUGAGUGACUCUGCUGGGUACAGGUUCAGAUUCAUAACAUCUGGAGGAAAGUUUGCUGGCUCACCUGUCUCUCUGACUGUCACAGAUGUUGUGUUGGAGAUGGAUCCUACAUCUGUGUCAGAGAGGGAGAAUGUCACACUGACAUGUAGAACCAAAUGUACACUGGACCCCAACACAGUCUACAGUUGGUAUAAGAAUGGACAGCCUAUACCAAACAGCAACACCUACUCUCCUGUCUAUAUCCUAUUCUCAGUCAGCAGUGAGGAUACAGGCAAAUACUCCUGUGCUGUAGAAGGCCAUGAGGAUCUCCCCUCUGCUGAAGAGACUCUCACUGUCAUAUAUGGUCCAAGGAACACCUCAGUGUCAGUCAGUCCCUCUGGUGAAAUAGUGGAGGGCAGUUCAGUGACUCUGACCUGCAGCAGUGAUGCCAAUCCACCUGUGGACAGAUACACCUGGUACUYUCAAAAUGAKACUUUUCUAAAUGGAUUUGGACAGAUCUACAACAUAAGUAACUUCAAGUCUAAGGACAAUGGACAUUACCACUGUGAGGCCUGGAAUGGAAGAGGAUCUAGGAACUCUACAGCUCUGAUGAUCAUUUUACCAGAGAAACAGUCCUCAGUUCUGACUGCAGCUGUAGGAACCAUAGUGGUUGUUCUGGUUCUCAUCCUCUGUCUCUCUGGACUCAUGUGGUUCAGAAAGAAGGCCUCCAAAUCCAUCUCUGACACAAGAGACAGAGCAGAGAAUGUACAGGGAGACUCUAGUCCAGUGUAUGACAACAUCUCAGGCAUGACCAUGACCUCUACUGCAGCACAGACAGCAGCCACCGUCGACCAGGAAGACAUUCACUAUGCCAGCGUCCACUUCUCUCGCUCCAAAAACCAGGAAGUGCCUCUGUACUCCACCGCCCAGCUGUGUAAACCCCAGAAACAGGAAGAGGAUGUCCAGUACGAUGUUGUGAAAUUCAACUGCCCCAGUAACUCCAACCGACCCACGGCAGCACAAGCAGCUGAGGACUCCUCUGAGAUCUAUAGUAGAGUCAACAAACCCAGAAGACCUGAACACAACAAAUCCAGAACCCAGAAGACCUGAACACAACAAACCCAGAAGACCUGAACACAACAAACC